UGCUGGGUUUUGUGCAACCUAAUUGUUUGUGUGCGUGUGUCCUGCAGCAGCUCAGCAAGUGGCUCCAUUUUAUUAAGUUCACAGGGGUGACAUAAUUCAGCCUCCACCCACCGACAGCACUGAAGUCAUUCGACUGACUGAACGCUCGUGAUCGCCAUGACAGAUAAAGUCGGUGUGUAUUGAUUGUAUCGCGAUUGACUGGUGAUUUUCACGCGCACACGCACGAACACAGACAGACAGAAAAACGGCGAGCUGCUCAUGUGUGUCAGCAACCCGACAACGAGACGUUUUGCUGUGCCAUUAGUAUUGGAGUUGAGAGUCGUUUGACGGGGACAGGAAGUACGAAUAUUAGCGGAAGUCCUGGGGAUAGAUAGCAGUCGAAUUCACAGUAUUGUAUAAUCCCGAAGGACUUGGAAAAAAUCAUUUAUUUGGGGGCUUUGUUGUUCACUUCCUGUUUUUCAAAGAAUACAGAUUGUUUCAGAUGUAUUUCGGUUGUUGAAAAGUGUCACGGCACGGUACGUGAUGCUAGCGGCUAGCAGCUAGCCCUGUUCGCCGACGAGCAGGCGAAAAAACACAAACAACGCAGCAAAGGCAGCUUGCGUAGCUUUGAAUUUUUUUUUUUUGUUCACAGUUUGUCUUUUGGGGAGUUCUGUUCUCUACCUGAGCGACCUUAAGAUAUGACCGAUCUUAAACGACAAUUCUAAUGGUGCCAAAUGACUGAAGCACAGCCUGGUUUUGUCUCGUCGCCUAUUUGGGCAACUUCAACGCGUUGCUCCCGGAGCCCAAAUAAGCAAUGCAGUGAUCCUCCAGCAUGUUAUGAAUUCUGCAUUUUUGUGGUGGUCAUCCUGGUGGGACUUGGACAGUUUUUUAAAGGGGAUACAUGCUCGGAAAAAACCCGUUUGCGAACUAUUGUUAGACAGCCAGCAACUCGGAUUUGAGUCUAAAAUAUUUGGUGUCUGUUGUUACGACAUGCGGCAUGAAGAAUCCGUGCUCAGUCAGUGACGUGUGCACACACACACACACUCGCACCUUUUUCCCCACCACGUCUCACCACUGCCCGCUUGCUAAAAUGAUAUUUGAAUCAAAUUCCUUCUGAUCUGACCUUAAACUUCUCGUUUUAUUACACAUGUGCAUCGGAUCGGUGUGCGAGCUCCCCCUGGCACCCCCCACCCCACCUUUCCCCACGGACUCCUCUUCUCCUUGCCCCCACCACGACCACCACCACCACCAUCAUCAUCAGCAUCAUCAUGUGUAUCUCCUCCCAUCCUCUGGCGGAGUGCGACGCGCACAGAGCAGCUCUGACAUCCCGCAGCAGCCUGCAGCUGAGCAGUGACGGUGGAUGCUUUGGUGCCGGCUUCCUGCUAGCGGAGGAGCGAGCAAAGGAGAGCGCGACGAGUGUCCAAGACUCAGCACUCCGCUGGCACCGGCGACUCUAGCGAGAAAGGCAGCGGGAAGGAGCGAGUGAGAGAGAGAGAGAGAGAGAGAGAGGGCAGUGCACCGAGGAGAGAGCGAAAGAGAGUGGGGAGCGGCUGAGAACAGUCGAUGGAUGCUGUCCGGUUUGAAGGGGCAGCACGUUCUUCACUGACGAGGAAAGGAAAGAUUUCAAAAUUGAGUCGAAGGAUAGAAACUCGCCGUCAGGCAUGGUGUGUGAGAAGGGGAUCCAGAUCCUCCUCACCACCGUGGGGGCGUUCGCCGCCUUCGGCCUGAUGACGGUGGCCAUAGGGACGGACUACUGGCUGUACUCCCGGGCCCUCAUCUGCAACAGCACGGCCAACGUCACGCAGGACGACCCUCACAACAAGGACAAGAAGGACCCCGGGGCGCUCACCCACUCUGGACUGUGGAGGAUAUGCUGCCUGGAAGGAGUCAAGCGAGGAGUGUGUUCGCAGAUCAACCACUUCCCGGAGGAUGCGGACUUUGACCACGACGGGGCCGAGUACGUCCUACGCGUGGUGAGGGCUUCCAACAUCUUCCCCAUCCUCAGCGCCAUCCUGCUGCUUUUGGGAGGCGUGUGCAUCGCUGCGAGCCGUUUCUAUCGGAGCAAACGGAACAUCAUCCUGGGGGCGGGGAUUCUCUUUGUGGCCGCAGGUCUGAGCAACAUCAUCGGCGUGAUCGUGUACAUCUCGGCGGCGCUGGGCGACAUCUCCCCCAAGAAGGACGAGGACAAGAAGUGGCAGUACUCGUACGGUUGGUCCUUCUAUUUCGGCGGUCUGUCCUUCAUCAUGGCCGAGAUGGUGGGCGUGCUGGCGGUCAACAUCUACAUCGAGAAGAACAAGGAGCUGCGCUGCCGCUCCCGCACCGACAUCUUCAAGAGCACCACGCACGCCAUGCUGCGCCUGCCCAGCUACCGCUUCCGCCGCCGCUCCCGCUCCUCGUCGCGCUCCACCGACCCCUCCCGCUCCCGAGACCCUUCGCCGGUGGGCGGCGGCGUGGGGAAGAACUUCGGGCUGCCCCCUUCGGCGCUGCUCUCCCAGGGCCCCAUCUCCGUGUCCACGCUGCCCAACCCACACUCGCGCUCCCACGCGGCGCUGGCCGCGGGCGACAUCUCGCUUUACACGCUGUCCCGCGACCCCAAACUGGGCGGCCUGCCGCCCAUGUACGGCACGGUGGACCGCGCCACGCUCUACCAGCUCCACAACUGCUUCCCCAAGGAUGGCGGCGGCGGCGGCGGCAUGAUGAGCGGCACGCUGCCCUCGCUCAAGUCCCACAACCCUUCCAACUCCUCCAACUCCAACGUGCCAAUGCCCAACUCGGUGGGCUCGGGACCGCCUCCCUUCACCUCGUCCACGGUGGACAGGGAGCGAGGGAUGGGCACUCUGGACAGGCUGAAGGGAGACAGGGAGAGCAACUCCAACACCCUCAAUAGGAAGACCACACCCGUGUAAAAGCAGGAAGUAGCCGUCGUCCGGCUCAGCUGAAAUGUUCAUCUCUCCCUCCGCGACGAAAAGCAGAGUGCAGUCAUCACAGAGCGAUCAUAACAAACAACCACAAUGAACUCUCGCAACAAAACUAUUUUGAUAUUUCCACGUGCUAGAAAUGAUUUAUUUUGUUAACGAUCAACAUGCAAACUAACCUUGGGCUAACUACAAAAAAAAAAAAGAAAGAAAAUUGUGCAAUAUUACCGCUAAUUUCGCAGACCUGCGUUAGCGUCAAUUGUUGUUGUGAUUAUGUUUUGCGUUUGUACGAGGGAUGGGCAGAACAAUCCAUUGGUGUCAAUUCUGGCAUGCCUCGUGUCUUAGUAGCAUCCUUUUGUUUUUUUUUUUGUCAACUACGCGUACGACUUCUGGCCUCGGCGAUACAACUAACAUGCAAUUAUGCACUACUAGAAUGUGACGACACAUACCUAGUGGGACAUUUCUGUCACGGUGGAAACAAUUGCCAAUAACAUUCUACUAGUUGACCUCUAGGGGCUCCCUUUCCAUAGAUGGCGCAUCUGCAACGGGGCGCAAAAAGCGGGCCCUGAUUUUUGUUGUCAUUGGAGAUUUUCCAGGUGGGGGUGACACAAGAACAAUUGGGGGCGGGGGGUUCCAAGUGCCUACUACACAGCACAGACGUGCUUGAGACUCGAGUGCACGGCGAGCCCGCCGCAGGACUGCGAGGAGCUGCUUUGAUUGUCCAUGAUUAAAGUCAGCUGUGACUAUUCCCGCAGUGGCGCAGACCUCCCUCUCUCAGAUCUGAUGGAAUGACCCUAAUGCUUCACGAAGAGUGCAGAAAUGUCAACUAUUGCACUUUUACCUCUGAGUAAUAUGCAAAAGUUGUCCCAUGGGGAAAAAAAACAAACUGUGUUCGUCAGAAACAGUCAUCCACCCUUAAUUCUAAUCAUGAGUGUGCACAAAAUCUCGCUCUGAGUGAAUGAUUUCUUUGGACUCGGCGGCUACGAGUACCACAUUGAUUUUGUUGUUGUUUUGUUGACCAGAUGUGAAUACUGUAAAUUGUCUUCCAAUAUUAGCAGGAAAAAAAAAAACCCGAAGACGUGCAACAAUAACGACUCAGUUUUGGCCUCUGUUCGUCUUCGUUCCAUUCCGAUCCGUGUCGACAGUACUUCUUGUAGCGCUUAGUCAUGUUGAAGAUGUUUUGUUCUUUGGGCAUUAACGACAACCUCGAGUUUGAGACGGGACAAAAUAGAAAAUAUGUACAGUACCAGGGAAAAAAAAGGAAGAAACCCCCCACCCCCCCACCCCAGAAUCAUCUCUUUUCUAUCAGUCCCAAAGUGACACACAAAAAAAAAAUAAAAAUCAAGCAUCAUGUAAAUGUGGAUUUCGGAGGGUGAUUAAAAAAAAUCUACAUUGUAAUUUAUGCAUACAUAUAUUUGUAAAUGCUAUCAAGAAAAAUGAGCUUUUGUUACUUGGACUCUAACUUGGUGGUUUACCUCAUUAGCCUCCCCACCCCUGUGACCUUUUGACCCGCCCCCUUUCCCAAGCACCUCCCCAAAGAUUCUUUACACUGUGCUUCCUCGCUCCUCUUCCCUUGAACCAAGGCGAUGAGACUGAAAGCGGCUUGACACGCUCUUCUUUUUUUUUUUUCUUCUCUUCUUGAGGAUUUGACUGCUGCGACAUGAUGCAACCACCCAAAACAAACGAA